UUCACGGCAUCCACCGCUUCUCUAUCUCCUCUGUGACGGGAUCCCUGGUGAAAACCCCGACCCACCACUUCUCUCUCUCGAUUUCUCGAGAUGUUUGAUCAAAACAGCGCAGCAGGAAUGGAGGAAGCGGGUGCUGAUUGUGGUAGUGAUGUUGAUUUGGAAGAAAAGAUUGAGAAGAUCCUUGUUGCUGAUGACGAGGAAAGACUGAUCACAUUGUUGACAAGCCCGCCACUAUUAAUUGAUGGCACACCUCAAUAUUGCCGGGACCAUCUUUUGGAGAGUCUCUGCAUGAAUGAUGCCGUAAAAUGUGCCACUGCGUUGCUGGAAGGAAAACUGGGCGGCAUAAGACUGGAUUUGGAUGGGGAUCACCUCUUGCAUCGUGCGGCUAGAUUUUGUUCAUCGGACCUGGUCCAGUUAUUUCUUCACCAUAAAGCUCGAAGUGAUACCAGAUAUUCUGAUUAUAGAUAUGAUGAUGGGAAAGAUCUGAGGAAUGGGUUGCGCCCACUCGAUAUAGCGUUUAACUUUGCAAGAAGUCAGUACCCGUCUCUGGAGUCGUAUCCAUUUGGAGGGCAAUCUAGUUUUGAAAUGAUACUGUAUCUUUGCCAACUCGGAGCGGGAAACAUUGGGGAUACUAUUAAGUUUCUUGCAUGUUCAUCCAAGGACGUUGCAAAGGAAGCUUACCAUUGUGCAAGGAAAGGAAAGCUCAUUGAGUUGGCUCUCUUGCUGAUUGUGGCUCGUGAAAAGAUUUUGGUCCCUAUCAAUUUGGACGUCAAAGGUGGUGUUGGUUCAAGCGGAAGAACCACCAUCCUGCAUUGGUUACAGUUUCAAAUCCUAAUACUAACUCAUGAGGAGAAAUUAAUGGGAGACUGUAAAAAUGGCAAGUUAACUAAGAUUCGCAGGAAGAAGAUGGUUAUGAGGUCAGCUGCACUAUUGCUUGAAGUUUUUGAGAGGGCUGGUCAUGCUAUUGAGGAAAUUAUUCAGUACCUGUCACGUUCACCUUGCGCGAGAAGUGAAGAAGUGGGGAAACAUGCUGUUUUCUGGCUUAAGGAAGCAGGAUUUAAAUUCAAGAAUGGGGACUUUGAUUUUAGCACUAUGGACUGGUUUGACAUUGCGCUUACUGAUUCCUUAAGGACCAAGAACAGGAUCCCUACCAAGGAUGCUCCAUCAGCAGAGACGAAUUCCAGUCCUCGCCUGCCUUUGCCGCAGCAAAAAAUUCCGGCUUUGCCCCUUUGGGUUAGAAAAUUUGUUCUUAGUCCUUGGUCCGCUGCCCAGACUUCCCCUUUUCACCAAACCCGUGGUUUAUCCUCUACGGACAAGUCACAUUACACAAAUCAUAUCCCAAAAUCAAUCUCUCGUUCUCAUUAUUCUGCAAGUUUGGAUGUUCAAGCAAAGAAGCAAACUGAACCCAUAGAGCAGAAUGUUCCCCAAUGCCUGUCCAAGGUGAAGCUUGCACGUUUUGCAAGGUUGCUUAGGAGGGGGAUGAAAAUUGCUUGAUUCAUGUACGAGCUCUUUGGAGGUCUCACUUGUUACUUUUGAUUUGGGACUUGUCUUCCUUGAUGUCUAAAACACCGACUAAUUACUUGCUCUUAACGUCUACCAAAGGACAGCUGUUGGAAGUCUUAAGACUCGUUUGGGUGGUUUCAGUUGAUGCUUUACAUUUAUGAAACCAGGGUGGGGUUCUAGGUUUUAUGGAGACUACAGGGCGGCUAUAUCCAGCAUGGCUUUCUUACAGUAGAUGGAUUUCCAGAAUCAGGGCGCUGCAAGUGCUGGAUGGGCAUGUAAUAACGGUUUUCAAGGGCUGGUUUCUAAUGAGUUCUUUUGACUUAAGGCACCGUUUCAUUUUUCACUGGAUUAUAGCAUCGGGUUGGACUAUAGACACAAGGAGACCACAUUUCCUACAUUUGGUUGCAACUAAUUGCGGUCAACCAUUACAUAUCCAUCCGAUACAUUACCUAGGACGGUGUGGUAUUGUUAAUUCCCCUGAGCAUUAAUCGGAUGGGAUUGGUAAUCUGAUGGAGUUAAUUUUGUAUCGUUUCAAAUUUGUUUGGGGUAAUAUUGAUUGUUAAUGGUUUCAAUGAGGAAAAGACACCCACUGCCUCACUGAAUGAGAUAAACUCAUCCUUCUAUUUGUCUAGCUAUAAAGGUACAAUUGCUCUUAUUUAUACUGAUGAAAAUCUACGUCACAGUUGGAAAUUUUCUAAACGCAUGAACUUCCUAAGCCCUUGGUCUCAAAUUAAUUGUAGUAGUUUUGGCUGUGGAAAGGAAUCUUAGCUAGGCUUAAAUUGUUCCAAAAACUCCCCCAAAAAAGCGACAGGGACGACACAGUAGGGAUGGCAACAGGUGAUUAAAAAGGUUUUGAACUUUGUAGUUUCGCAAAAAAAAAAAAAAAAGUUUCAACCAUUUCACACAGAUAGUUUGGAGAAGGUUUAUGGUGUUAUUUCAAAGAUAUGUUAAUUCUUUGAAAAGGACCUUGAAGACAAAAUUCAGAAUUACUU